GCAUUUGAAUCAGGGCUGCCUGAGCCCAAAGCAUCCUGAGCACCUCUGUGUUUCUCAGCUUCUCUGUACAGGGACCAGCAGCCCUCCAGCCAGCCCAGACACUUUCAGGAUCCCCUUUCAGCCUCUUAGGAUCCCCCUCCACCUGAAGUCCCAGUGAUACCCUUAAGUUCUCCUUGGAUUCCUGAGGUUGGUAGAGCUAGUAAGAGGAGCUCAUCUGGCUUGGGAUCUUCAAAGUAAACUCAGAAGUCUCAGGCAGAGAGAAGAUGCUGCUGUCCAGGAACCUCAGAGCCCUAGCUGCGAUCCACCUGUGGAUAGUGUACCUGCUCCUGGAGGAUUUACUGGGCACCUGCGCAGAGGGUGACAACCAAAGACUGGUGGCUUCUGCUCCCUACCAAGAUAUUGAGAUCACUCUGGAGAAGCCUAGAGUACAGGCGGUAGCAGAACCCCACACUCUGCGCUAUGACCUCAUGGCCUUGUCUCUGGAGGUGCCUGGGUUGCCCCAGUUCCUGACCCUGAGAUACUUCGAUGAUGAGCCCUUCCUGCCCUAUAAGAAAAACAGCAGCAUAACAGACUCCCAGGAACCCAGGAUCAAAGACCAUCUGAGAGCUGAGACCUGGGGAAGAGAGACUGACGAUCUUCAGGAAGAAGAGGAGCAACUCAAAGGGAUGCUAGCUGAGAUCACAGCCCAGAACGGCCAGAAUACGGAUCUUCACAUCCUCCAGGCAACCUUCGGCUGUGAGCUUCAAAGAAAUGGAAGCACUAGAGGCUUCUGGAAACUGGGCUAUGAUGGGCAGAACUUCCUCACCUUUGACCAGAAGACUCUCACAUGGACAGUGGAUGGACCUUCCACCCAGAAGAACAAGACAUUCUGGAAGACACGUGCACCCAGAGCUGAUCUAGUUAAGACAUUCUUGGAUGACAUAUGUCCUGCUCAGCUCCAGAGAUACCUUGCUUCCUUGAGAAAUGGUCUGCUGAAUACAGGUUUCCCAAAGGUGAUUGUGACCUUCAGGAACUAUCCAGUGGGCAGGAUCACACUGACAUGCCGGGCUUUUCGUCUGUAUACCCGUGUGGCCACCCUGACCUGGCUUCAGUAUAGAAAGCCAGUACAGCAGAAAACCUUUGGAUCUGAAACUAUCCUGCCCAGUGGGGAUGGCACCUACCAGGCCUGGGUGUCCAUUCGGGUUCUUCCUGGACAGGAAUCACAGUUCAGCUGCAACUUGAAGCACGGCAACCACAAUAUCAAUGAACCUGCUGCCACUGAGGCCCCUGUCUAUGGUGCGAGAAGAGAACAACCUCCCACCUCAGGUGUGGGAAGCAGGGUCGGGAAAAGCCUGUGGAGUGCAAUGACUACAGCUCUCGUGGUGAUCUCCUGGACAUUAAGCCAGAAACUGAUGGGGCCUCUACUCUGGUUCUGCUCUGGUGGCUUCUGCUCUUUUCUACAGUGUUGGUAGUUCAAACCCUUGCCUAGAGCAGCAAGAACACGCAGGAGGACAGCAAGAGACCAGGUGAACAUUCCUGCGGGCUGUAGCAGAAGGUGGCAGGAGUGGUGAGAGGCCUUUUCUUCUUUUUGUAAAUUGUACAGAUAGAAAGGUAGUCACACAAGCACCAUUUUACCACACUGGUGAAUGGAGAGCCCUAAAGAGUUACCAUACCGUACCCUAACCUGCCCUGCUGUUGGGAGGCACCGCCCCCUGGUGGAAGUGCAAUGCUACUUCCGAUGUGUUCUUAUAUAUAUUAUGAAAUACAGGGGCAAAGAAGCAGGCUAGACAUCCACAACAAAGUACGAGUUGUGGCAAACUACACAUGCCCCUGCCUCUUCACCAAAUACAUAGAAAACAAACAGCCAAACAAGACAGAGGAAAAACUGAGAGUCCAAGAGAUGAUCGAGAGUCAUUUUACCAGAUGAUGAUAACUAUUCCAGUUUUAUCUUGAUUCAAACACGGGAAUUUCUCCUCAAAAGAUAUCCAUGAAGCAUCUGGGGGAGAUAGUGUGUGUGUGUGUGUGUGUGUGUGUGUGUGUGUGUGUGUGUGUGUGUACACGUACACAAACACACAUAUAUAAGCAUUUAAAAGAUUUUGAAGAUAUCUUAUUCUCUAUGGUCUCUUUAAAUACAUACUAAUAAUCAAAAGGAUUCUUAGUAUCCCGAGAUACAGGAUUUCUGCUCUGUCUUCUAAAUUAAACUACUAUUCUUCUGCCUUCAUUGUGCCAGCCUAAAAUGAUCACAGCAAAACUUGUUAAAUGUUAAUAUGCCUCCACAAUAAAAGAAGAACAAGUUAUCCCAACCAAUUUUAUUUUUAAAAUAAAAUAUAAAUUAAAAUUAGAAAUUAUAUUACUAUAAUGGUUUUAAAAAAUAAAAAUGUUACAAAAAUAAAGAUAUAUAGUAUAAAAAUAAUAAAAUGUUAUAAAAAUAUUAAAAUUUAUUUUAGUAAAGUUUAUGCAUGAAGAUUAAAUGGAUAUAUGGUUACAGAAUAAAACACUGAAAUAUUUUU